AAGAGAAUGUGUUUAGAAACGAAAGGAAAUAAAAAAAGAGAGAAAAAGAGAGAGAGAGAAAGAGAGACGCAAAGAAAUGUAAAAGAGAAAUGACGAAACGAUUAACUUGUGCAAAGAUGCAGGUCUGUGCUGUCGUGUAGAGGCCUGGAAAGAGUGACGCAAAUAAAACUAUAGCUGCACCAAGAAUGGCACUAAAAGAAAGGAGAGGAGGAGGCUUCUGGGGCUGCGACACAUUCGGUCUUCGUCACCUGCGUCCUUUAUUAUUAAAUGUAGCCUCUGAAAACCAAACAAUUAACGCGGUUGGCACUAAUCUCUCAAAUGCAGCCCAUAACAUGAACUUCGAUGACCAGAAGCCGACAUCUAUUGCGUAUCGAGAAGACGCAUCUUCAGAUUCCGCAAGCAUUAGUCACAUUGUCUGUUCCAGAGUAACAACCGUCUCCGGAAAUUCAAUUGGAGAAGCAGAAGAAGAAGAAGCUACCACAUUGACAAGUUGCAAUAACGGUAGUGGCAGCAGAAGCAGUGGCAGAACAACUGGGAGUAACAGUGGCAUCAAUAAUGGUAAAGUGGUUAAGUGUAGUAAAAGUUGCGAUAGCGGUGUGUGUACGAGUUCUUUGUCGAACCCAGCCCAUGAGAAAAUAGUGUUGGCUCUGCCAUCGUUGUCUCCGAUAUCACUGAGACCGACUUUGGAAUCGGCGACACAACAACAACAAGAAGAAGAAGAAACGGUAAACAAGCGUCGUUCUUCCUCUGUGGUCGGGUUGUGGAGGCGUGGCGGAGACAGAGCAGAUCUGAGAAAUGUUAUUACUAAUGCUGGCAGCCAGCGCCGACCAUCGAAGAAAACCACACGCGAUCCAGUGAGGGAAUUGAGGAAAACGGCCAGAAGCCGAAGAAGACUAGAGGAGGAUAUUAAUUCUAGUAAGGUGAUCAUUCAUAGAGCCCCGAGCAGCAGCAGCAGCAGCGGCAGCAGCAGUAACAGCAGCAGCAGCUGGGCAGGAAGUCGGAGAAACAUCAGCAGCAGCGGCAGCAGUGUCAGAGCCAAGAUACUAUUAGGAGGAAGUGGAAGACGUCUAGGUGUGUCCCCUUCGUCUGAUCCCGGUUGCAGGAACUCUAACGAUCUACGCUACCAUUACUAUUGCCAUCCCAACACAUCGCAUCUGACGGUCAACCGAUGUGGUAGCUGCUGUGGUAGUACGAACAGCAGCAGUAGUCAUUGUGGAAAUACAGUCACCAAGCACAACAUUAGUAGUUACCUUAGUGACGAUCUGAGUAGUAGCAGCAGUAGUAGUAGCAGCGGUAGUAGUAGUUGUAGCAACAGCAGUAGCUACGGCAUCACCAGUAACAGUAGUAGUGGUAGCAGCAGUAGUAGCAACAACAAUAGCAGCAGUAACAGUAACAAUAGUAGCAGCAGUAGCAGUAACAGUCCACAAGUCAUUUACCACCACCACCACCACCCGCCGCCGCCGCCGCCUCCACUGUCACACAGUUGCCACAGAAUUCUCCCCCGUCCCCUUCAGCAAUACCAACAGCAGCAGCAGCAGCAACAACAACAUCAGCAACCUGAGAGACAGGAUACCACUUUUGCUACUCAUCAGAAAUUACCAACGACCCACCACGGUCGCCACCACCACCAUCAACAACGCUGCUAUUACUAUUCCAAUUCUAAUUCCAGCAGUGUUGUGGGAUCUCCACAGUUUACGGUGAAGGUUGUACCACUACCCAAGGAGGAGCUUUCCCCCAGACUGCAGCAGCAGCAGAACACAACAGAACCCCCUCAACUGCAGUUACUACACCCUGACAACCACAGUCACAAAUACCAUCAUCACCAUCAACAUCAUCAACAUCAUCACCAACAGCAACAGCAGCAGCAUAAUCAUCAUCAUCAUCAUCAUCGUCGUCAGCACACUUUCCCGUCGCGGUUCCACCUCCCGUCUCCCCCGCAACCACUGCCACUGAGGUCGUUCGUCUCUUCCUCUCCCGUGUACGUGCAGCAGCUCAUUCCAGCGGCGAGGGGUGAGCCCGGCAGCGCCAGAGAAGGGUGUUUCAACUGUAGCAGGAGAAGCAAAGGGAACAACGAUUCGCCACCGCAGCCGCAGCCGCCACAGAGUAGUAGUAUCAUCCAACAACGGCACCACAGCCCGGCCAUUGCAGCCGACCAACGGCGUAUUUCUGCGCCGCCCGAUCCACAAAAUGGCGACCGAGGAGGUGUCGGCGACGUUAACGACCAACACCUCAGCCUCUUCCGUCAACGCUACAACCAGCAACAACAAAUCCGACACUUUACUUUUCCCCAAUAUCAAUCGCAGGAACACUACAACUGUAAACACCACCAACAACUGCAACAACUACAGCUACAACAGCAGCAACAACAACAGCAACAGCAUCUACAGCAACAGCAGCAACAACAACGACCCUACAACCUUUGCCAUAGCAGAGAGGAAGGAAUCGAAGAAGACAGGUUUGAAGAAGGAAUCGCUUACGAAAGAGACGGACGAAGAACCUAUCAUUUUGUUAACGCUGGUGCUGUCAGCUAUUGCCGAAGGAAUAACACAGCUAGCAGCUGCGGAACUGCUACAAUUAUUAACACACUACCAGCAUCGACAACAGCCACAAAAUCGGAAAUAUUACAGCCACUAUCCCAAUUCAUUCUGUACGUCCAGCGGUCAACACUACCAGUCCGCCUGGAACCAGAGCCGUCUCCAUCAGCACAAACAUCACCACGGCCGGCCAUCAGUGUAACAACCCUUCUGAAGGUUUUCCUUUGCACUUUUUGUCGUCAUCAUCGCCACCACUUGCUUCCAACAGUAGCACCACCAUCGCCGUUAGUAGCACCACCUUCACAGACGUUACCACCACCACAACAAACACCAUCAACCAUGUCGGUGCUUACAACAACAACAACGAUUUGACCGGUCCUCCUCUGUUGCAUCACCACCAUCUGCAUGUCCCACACCAGCCACAGCAUUUCUAUCACCAUCAGCAUCACAUUCACCAGCUUCCACCUCAUCGAUUGCAUCAACAACACUCCGCUCCUCACUUGGCGCACCAGACCUGCU